ACGACAACGCCCUCAAAGGCGGAAGUCAAGUUACUGGUUGCGGCGACGCCACGCGUGACCCGCUCCUCGAGAAAUCGUUUCUCUUCCCAAGCGGCGGACACGCAGGUUUCGUGAAGACUUUUUUUUGUGUGGGUAGACGUUUUCCGCCCCCGCCUCCACGGCAUGGCAAGUGUAGCCCAUGUGAUAAGGAGCAGACGCGCCACCCCGAGCUGAGCUGUCGUGCCCUCUGGGGCGAGUGCAGUGGGAAGAUGGCGAAUGACACUUUUCAAUUUCUCUUUGCGCAAACCGCGCCGGCAAACGCCACCAAUUACUGGGACCAGACACUCAAGGCCAAUCUUUAUGGGAUACUCUUGGCAAUUACCGGGAACUUCUUAAUCAGCAUCUCAUUAAACUUGCAGAAAUACGCUCAUAUACAACUCUCUGAGAAGCAAAAUCCAAAACCUUAUUAUAACAGCUGGAUUUGGUGGUGUGGCAUCUUCCUGAUGGGCAUUGGAGAGCUGGGGAACUUUGCUGCUUAUGGAUUUGCCCCUGCUAUGCUUGUUGCCCCACUUGGAUGUGUAUCAGUAAUUGCAAGUGCAAUUAUUUCUGUGGUUUUUCUAAGAGAGACCUUACGAGCAUCUGAUAUACUAGGUGGUGCUCUUGCAAUUUCAGGAACAUACCUUUUGGUCACCUUUGCACCUAAUGUUUCUCAACAAAUAACUGCCUAUAAAGUUCAAAGAUACUGCGUUAGCUGGCAGUUCUUAAUUUAUCUGAUCAUAGAAAUAAUUGCAUUUUGCAUUCUAAUGUACCUGUACAAGAAGAAGAAUGUGAAGCACAUUGUAGUCGUUCUACUGAUUGUUGCAUUGCUUGCUUCAGUUACUGUCAUUUCUGUGAAGGCCGUAUCUGGCAUGAUCACUGAAUCAGUGAAUGGCUCAAUACAGCUUAUAUACCCAAUCUUCUAUGUCAUGGUGGUCGUCAUGAUAGCCUCCUGUGCCUUUCAAGUGAAAUUUUUGAACCAAGCCAUGAGACUGUUUAAAGCAACAGAAGUGGUGCCAAUCAAUUUUGUGUUCUUUACAGCAAGUGCAAUAUUUGCAGGUGUUAUUUUUUACCAGGAAUUUCAAGGUGUAGCUUUCCUUAAUAUUUUCAUGUUUCUUUUUGGGUGCCUUCUGUCCUUCCUUGGAGUCUUUUUAAUUGCCAAAAACAGAGAAGAAAAAACCUCUGAGAUACCCUUCAUAGAUCUUGGCCAAAUUCCUGGAAAGAAGUCAACAGAUAAAAUACAACCGGAUACAAGCAGUGCUUCAUAUGGCUCAGUUAAUGCAGAAGAUGAUGAAGGACCCAAAGCUUUCACAUAAGAGCUAACUUGAACUCUUCAUCGUCUUGUUCAUCUGGUUGGUUUGCUGUAAAAGUGCACAACUGAGUCAAGUCACAGAACUUGAACAUUAAACAUAAAUGUGGCGUCUGAACAGCAUCUCAGGAGACAAUUUUAGAAGAGGAAAUAUGCCUUUGGUUAAUAUUUUAUCAGUAUACUGUAAGAUUAUUUAAACCUCAUUAUAGCUAUGAUUAUGAUCUGAAAGAUUAAAUGGUAAAGGUUGGUGA